AUGUCUCGCAAGCGACGCAACACCUCCUCGCCCGAAGCAGAUGACUUCCCAUCGCCAAAGAGACUCAACACCGGGCUCGAUGAAGAGCAAUGGACUAGUUCAGAUGAGGGUGAAGUGGACGAAACUCCACGGAUCGAUCAACAGACCGGACAGACCGGUGCGUUUCCUGGACUAGGAGACGAUGACGGUCAACUGUUCUAUGGCCCCGCAGCCGAUGGACUCGACUAUCUGCGAAUGGUCCGUUCCGAGGCACGAGGAGUUCCUUUCAUAUUGACAGCGCCUUCAACUACGUCCCAUCCCAACGCGAUUGAAAAUGCCAGAACUGAGCAUGAAGAUGAGGGAGGCUAUUUCGAAGACGGCACAUACACAGCUAAGGCUUUCGCAAGCAAAGAUCCCGUAGAGACAUUGCCACCUGCUCAACGACACUAUCAUGAUUCUCUCUUGCGACACUUCAGACUGGCACGAGCCACGGUCAGAUGUACGCCUCCACUCUCAGCCAUUGAGUCGCUGCGAUCAUCUCAAUUGAUAUCGUUUCCUGAAGAAUCUCGAAAGGCCAGAUUACAAUGGGAGGAACACAUCAUGAAUGCGGAUCCCAGCCCUACACAGAUUGCAUGUAUGGAUGCUCAGUCCGUGAUGGAAUUGGUCAAAUUGAUACGCAAAAAGUUGCCGUUGCUCUUUCGGCCUAAGAAUGUCGAGACGAUCAAGAGAGCAGGUUCGUGGCUGUGGGCGGUUCUAGCCAAGAGCCGUGAUCGUGAAGAGCUGUCAAGUGAUGAGAUCGGAGAAAUUCGACAACUUGCACAGAGGGCUAUUCAGAUGUCCCAGCGUCAGCCCGACCAAAUUGAAGAGGUAUCAAAGGAUAUUGGAUCAGAGGAUGGUGAGGUGGAGGACGAUGAUGCGGGUCAGGAUAUCGAAACAGACGAGCUGAAGGAUCCAACAGUCAAAGAGCAGAUUGGCGAUGGCGAUGACGAUGACGAGGCUUGUGACGGAUUGAUCUCGACAACUCUUGACAUGGUCAUGACGGUUGUUGGAGAAGUUUAUGGUCAAAGGGAUUUGCUAAAUUCACGCAAGGUAUGGGCCGAUUGA